AUGUUCUCCCUCCUGCAACAAUUCCUUGGCCUUGCUGGACAGACUCGGACACCAAAUGACCAAGUGUCUCUUGUCCAGCCUUCUGUUGAUAGUAUUCCCGCAAGCGAGACCCCGAUUGCCGACACUCCCAAUAGAACUUCUGAAGAUCAUAUCCCCAGUGAAUGCGACUCUAGUCCUGACACAGAGUACUCUGCUACCUGUAUCAAACCAAGCGAUAUCAUUAGGCAAACCAUCUACCCAACCGCAUCAGGUGGCCUUGGAGAUGUUUACAAGUGCACAUGGAACUCCAGCGCAAGUUCGGAUGAGGUCGCAGUCAAAUCCCCACGAUUCAUAACUCUGAGUAAACCUGAACGUGUCAAAAUCAACAAGAACCUUGACCGCGAGAUCCGUAUAUGGGCCACGUUGAAGCAUCAAUAUGUAUUGCCCUUACAUGGCACUGUAGAGGAGUUCGGCCCAUUUCGCGCAUUAGUUUCCCCCUGGAUACCGAAUGGGACUUUGGACUCUUACCUUAAGGCGAAUAAGACCCUCUCGAUGAUGGGUAGGCUCCUCCUCCUUAAACAAAUCGCCGAGGGGCUCCAGUAUCUCCACGAUCAAAACGUGAUACACGGCGACCUCGCUAGUAACAAUGUUCUAGUUGCUGACGAUGGAUCGCCUCGCCUUGCGGAUUUCGGAAUCUCCAAUAUCAUGGUGCAAUCCAGCCCUACCUUUUCCUUCCACAUCGGUGCAAUUCGCUGGGUCGCUCCAGAGCUCCUUGACCCCCCGGAAGAUUAA